GUCCCAAUGAUAAGAUGAGUUGGUUUUGUUCUUGUGGAGUGAAAUUUUUUGUUUAUUUUUUCAAUUAUUAAUCGUCUCUCUCUCUCUCUCGGGAUUGGGUCUCAAAUCUUUUUUUGUCUUCGACUGUUCGAUACUCGUCUCCUUUGGGUUACCUGAUAUAGCCACAUCCACACUCACAACAAUCUCUCUCUUUUUCUAGGGCUUUUAAAGUUUCAUUUCUCCCUCAGGAUCUCAUUUUCCGACCAAAUUAAUUGAACUAGACCUUACUGUAAUCAAACUCCUACAAGUCACCUUACAAAAAAAGCUGUUGAUAAACGAAAAGCCACCAUGGCGGUUUAUUACCCAAGUAAUGUCAACUGUUACCAGCAAGAACCAAUCUAUCUCAACCAUCAACAACAACAACAACAGCAACAACAAGCUUCUUCUUCCUCGGCCGCCGCAUCUUUCGUCGGAGAUAAUGCUCGAAACGAGAUGGUCUUUAUCCCACCCACCACUGGAGACGUCGUAACGAAUCUUCAAAAUCUCAACGGAGAAGUUGCUGGAAACGGUGCCGUUUCGAGCAGCGAUCUAAGCUUUCACGACGGUCAAGGACUGUCUCUAAGCCUCGGGACUCAAAUCUCUGUUCCUUCGUUUCACUAUCAUCAAUACCAAUUGGGUUUCACCCAAAACCCUUCAAUCUCAGUCAAGGAAACGACUCCGUUUAACGUGGAUGAGAUCGGUGUGAAAAGCAAAGAGAUGUUGUUGUUGGGUCAAUCUGAUCCUUCCUCUGGUUAUGGUGGCGGUAAUGGCGGGAUUGGGUUCUACAACCAUUAUCGGUAUAACGAAGCAGCAGGAGGAGGGUUUAUGAGCAGCGUUUUGCGUUCUCAGUAUCUUAAACCGGCUCAAAAUCUGCUCGAUGAAGUGGUUAGUGUCAAGAAAGAACUAAACCAGAUGAGGAAGAAGAAGAAAGGUGAAGACUUUAACAAUGGUUCCAAGGAGACAGAAGGAGGAGGAGGAGGAGGAGGCAGUGCCGAGUUAUCGAGUGAUUCGAACGCGAAAUCAAUAGAAUUAUCUAUAACUGAACGUCAAGAACUUCAGAACAAGAAGAACAAGCUUUUGACAAUGGUUGAUGAGGUAGAUAAAAGGUAUAACCAAUAUUACCACCAAAUGGAAGCAUUAGCUUCAUCAUUUGAGAUAGUAGCAGGACUUGGAUCGGCUAAGCCUUACACAUCAGUCGCUCUCAACAGAAUCUCUUGCCAUUUCCGCUCCCUUCGUGACACUAUAAAGGAACAAAUUCAGAUCAUCAGAGAAAAACUUGGAGAGAAAGGAGGAGAGUCGUUGGAUGAGCAACAAGGAGAGAGAAUACCAAGACUGAGGUAUUUAGAUCAACGGUUGAGACAGCAAAGAGCUUUGCAUCAACAGCUUGGAAUGGUUCGACCCGCUUGGAGACCACAAAGAGGUCUCCCUGAAAACUCUGUCUCUGCUCUUCGCGCUUGGCUCUUCGAACAUUUCCUUCAUCCAUACCCGAAAGAAUCUGAGAAAGUCAUGCUUGCGAAACAGACAGGACUGUCGAAAAACCAGGUUGCUAAUUGGUUCAUAAACGCGAGAGUUCGUCUAUGGAAACCGAUGAUCGAAGAGAUGUACAAAGAAGAGUUUGGUGGUGAGUCUGAGUUACUAAUCUCCAAGUCUUCUCAAGAACCCAACAGCACAAACCAAGAAGACUCCUCUUCGCAGCAGCAGCAGCAGGAGAGCAACAACAACAAUAACAAUCUCACUUAUUCAUCCGCAGACACGACAAACAUUGGAUUCUCAUCAGAAGCUAAACCAGACCGUGUUUCAGGCAAUGAUGGUGAGCCACCACAACAACAACAACAGAUGAACCGUUCAGCGGAUUACGAUACUCUGAUGAACUAUCACGGGUUUGGUCUGGAUGAUUACCGUUACAUUGGCGGAAACAACCAGCAAGACAGCAGAUUCUCAAAUGCCCAUCACUUGCACGACUUCGUUGUUUGAUACUAUCGUUCUUGGAACAGAGGACAUGAUUCUUGAAGCACAAGAAAGGUGCUUUUUGCAUUUUUAUAGUUAGGCAUAUUAUACACCCAUAUCUGUGGCAUAUAAAGUAGAGGUGUAGGUUGCUUUUGUGUAUAGUACACUUGUAACGCCAAAUAUUUGAUAUGUGUGUAUAAGAUUUACGGUGGUAUAAACUAUAAAGUAUACUU